GGUGGGGCCGGGGCCGGGGCGGCCGUUCCGCGGCGGUUGCCGGUGGCCAUGGCCGGGGCGGCCGUUCCGCUGCGGGUGCUGGUGGAUAUGGACGGGGUCCUGGCCGAUUUCGAGGGCGCCGUGUUGCGGCGUUUCGUCUCCCGCUUCCCCGGGGAACCGCGGGUGGAACUGGCGGACCGGAGGGGCUUCUCGGUGCGGGAUCAGUACUGCAGCCUGCGGGAGGACCUGGGGGAGAAGGUAGCCAGCAUCUAUGAAUCGCCUGGCUUCUUCCUAGAGUUGGAUCCAAUUCCAGGAGCCCUCGAAGCCAUGCAGGAGAUGAUCCGCAUGCAGAACACUGAAGUCUUUAUUUGCACAAGUCCUCUCAGGAAAUAUGAGCACUGCAUCGUGGAAAAGUAUAAGUGGGUAGAAAAACAUUUGGGACCCGAGUUUGUGGACCGGAUUAUUCUAACCCGAGAUAAGACCGUCGUAUCCGCCGACUUGCUGUUUGAUGACAAGGACACCAUUAGAGGCGCAGAGCAGAACCCGAGCUGGGAGCACAUCCUCGUCACCUGCUACCACAACAGCCGCUUCCAGCUGCAGCCACCGCGCCGCCGGCUGCUCUCCUGGGCGGACGACUGGAAGGGCAUUUUGGAAAGCAAGCGCAGGCAGCGAUGAAAACAGGGAUGUCAUGCUCUUCCUGCUGCCAGGGAACAACCUGCUGCCAGGGAAAUGCUCUGCAUUCAGUUAGCUCAUCUCUGCAGAGUUGUUUUGGAUGUUUGCUGUUGGUGAAGAGAAACUAUAAAAUACAAGAAGUUGGGGGUUAGGUUUU